GGCUAAAAAACUGUGAGCUAGCUCACACUGACUCAGCUUAGAGGGGACACUGCCCGGGUCACAUUUCUAAUGUAAAUAUUCCAGGGAAGGAUGGUAGCAGAUUUAUCUGAGGGAACAGGAGGGAGAAGUGACUGUGAGAACCCGGUAGGGAAGAACCUUGCAAAUGGACAUAUGGUAAAUGCUUCGGAGCAAGAGAUGCUGUUCCUCCAGGGACAUCUGGUGAAGGGAGGCAUUUGUGCUAAUGGCAACGGCUGGAAGGUCAGCACAAUCGGACUCUUGGUUCUCCUGGCGAUCUCAGUCACUCUGAAUAUCUGUGUGUUGGUCUCAAGGCGGAGUACGAAAUUUAAAGCACAGUUAAAUCAGGGAGCCAUUGGCUGUAAUGUUGGCAUUUCUCUGCCCGACUCUUCUCCGGACAUGUUUGCAGCAAAGCUGUGUCUGCUGCCCGUUGCUCCCCACCCACCGAAUACCACGUCAGCCACAUCGGAUGCCAGUCCCUGCCCUCAGCGCUGGGUUAUGAACCAAGGGCGGUGCUACUUUUUCUCUGACACUGAGGCGACCUGGAACGCCAGCCGGAUCAAUUGCUCUUCCCAGGGAGGUUCCCUGGUGGCCAUGGAUACUCCGCAGGAGUGGGAAUUUGUCCUGGACUCUCGACGUCUAACUUAUUUCUGGCUUGACUUUUGGAGAGAAGGGGUAGGAAAGCCUUGGAAACAGGCCGAUGGAUCCCUCUUCAACAACACGUUUCCGAUUUUGGGGGAAGGCCUUUGCUCAUACAUGAAUGAACGAAGCCCCAGUUCAACCUGGUGUGACAAUAGCAGACACUGGAUCUGUACCAAACCCAUCCAUGGACACUGAGAAGUCCCCAGACUUGUAUAAGGAAGUAUGUGAGGCCAGGUGUAAUGAUUUCAUGUUUUAGCAUCGUCCAUGGGACUUUCCCAAUAUGUAACAGCCCCCACUCAU